UCAAUGCGCCUGCGCGGCCGCAGAGCCUCCCCCGCCCCUCUAUUUGUGGCCUCUGUUGCUGCACUGACGGCGGUUGCCUGCGUCUCAGAGUUACUGAUUAAUUCUUGAGAACCCUCUGCUCUCAUCUGUCCUCAUGGAUGAACUUCAGGAUGUUCAACUCACAGAGAUCAAACCACUUCUAAAUGAUAAGAAUGGUACACGAAAUUUCCAGGACUUUGACUGUCAGGAACAUGACAUAGAAACAGCUCAUGGUGUGGUCCAUGUCACUAUAAGAGGCAUACUGAAAGGAAACAGACCAGUUAUUUUGACGUAUCAUGACAUUGGCCUCAACCACAAAUCCUGUUUCAAUGCGUUCUUUAACUUUGAGGAUAUGCAAGAGAUCACCCAGUACUUUGCUGUCUGUCAUGUGGAUGCCCCAGGCCAACAGGAAGGUGCAGCCCCUUUCCCAACAGGGUACCAGUACCCCACAAUGGAUGAGCUGGCCGAAAUGCUGCCUUCUGUUCUUACCCACUUAAGUCUGAAAGGCAUCAUUGGGAUUGGAGUUGGAGCUGGAGCCUACAUCCUCAGCAGAUUUGCACUCAGCCAUCCAGAGCUUGUGGAAGGCCUUGUGCUCAUUAACGUUGACCCCUGUGCUAAAGGCUGGAUCGACUGGGCAGCUUCCAAACUCUCAUGCCUGACAACCAAUGUUGUGGACAUUAUUUUGGCUCAUCACUUUGGGCAAGAAGAGUUACAGGCCAACAUGGACUUGAUUCAAACCUACAGACUUCAUAUUGCCCAGGAUAUCAACCAAGAAAACCUACAGCUGUUCCUGAGCUCCUAUAAUGGACGCAGAGACCUAGAGAUUGAAAGACCCUUGCUGGGCCAAAACGGUAACACAAAAACAUUAAAGUGUUCUACAUUACUGGUGGUAGGGGACAGUUCACCUGCAGUUGAGGCUGUGGUUGAAUGCAAUUCUCGCCUGGACCCUAUAAAUACAACUUUGCUAAAGAUGGCAGACUGUGGGGGAUUGCCCCAAGUGGUCCAGCCUGGGAAGCUCACCGAGGCCUUCAAGUACUUUUUACAGGGAAUGGGCUACAUACCAUCUGCCAGCAUGACUCGACUUGCCCGGUCACGAACCCAUUCAACCUCGAGUAGCCUGAGCUCUGGAGAAAGUCCCUACAGCCGGUCUCUCAUCAGCAAUCAAUCAGAUGGAACUCAAGGAGUCCCUGAGUCCUCUGAGGACCCAGACAAACAGGAGACCAUGGAGGUGUCCUGCUAAGCAGAUGCCCCUCCCUUGGACCACGCAGAUCCAUCUGAUCACUCCAUAAUACAACAUUUCAUCCAGCAAACUGGCAUCUACCAUUUUUAACUCAUGCAUGGCCACUGAAUCCCUCUCUCUCUGGUAGCCUGAAUUGAUCAUUCUCUCUGCCCGCCCACCCCCUUUUUUGUAUGUAUCAAGAACUACGUCCAUGCCAUUACUAUAACAUUCCAACAUCUUUAGCGGGUCAAAUCUCUGUAUCUUCUCUUUCCAGCUUUGUCCUGCGCUCCGAUAAGAUUCUUUGAUCCCAACUCCGUGUGUGUGCGAGCACACAUCUCUGUGUUUGUGUGUACAUAGUCCUGUGAUUUUAGACACGCUUUCUUGUAGAGCUUCUGCAAAAAACAAAAAAAGGGACUUUUUUUGCAUUUUCAAUGAUGUUUUUAGGGGAAAUGUGCAGAACAGAUUUCUCUGUUGUGUAGGCCACUGCAUUCUCUUUUGGUUCCAAGUUGGUCAAUAAGAUUUGCAAAGUGACUUCAGAAAGGGGAAAUUCUGAGAAAUGUGGAAGGUCACAAUUACUGUUUGGACCUCUGAUUGAUUGUGACCAAUAAGAGGGUGCCUAUAAUAUAGAGGGAAACCCUGGUGGUAUAGUGGUUAAGUGCUACGGCUGCUAACCAAAAGGUCGGCAGUUGAAAUCCACCAGGUGCUCCUUGGAAACUCUACUGGGCAGUUCUACUCUGUCCUAUAGGGUCGCUAUGAGUUGGAUUCAACUCGGUGGCGACGGGUUUUUUUGGUUUUAUUACAUAGAGAGGUGGGCAGGGUGACCAGUCACCCCUUUCUCUCCAAAUGAACUCACAAAAUACUAUUCUAUACAUAAAAGGAAGGAUAUAUUCUGCUGGAAGUCCAUGAAAAAUAAGAUUUUGAUACAAUGUGGAGUUUUCCCAAGGUGUGAGUGUGGCUUAAUUACUGGACUCUCUUAGCACAGAAAGGUGGAAAACAAAAUGCCAGGUCUUGGCUCUGCAGGAACAAAACGUCUGUCACUGCAUGUCGGAUGCCACUACUACACAAAGCAUUCAUAAGAAAUGCGUCCCAUGUCUGUAAUGGAGAGAGAGCUUUUUUCCAUCCCUCGGUCCCCAAAAGAGGGAGAGGUAUGGCCUAAAUAUUAUGUAGGUGAUGAGAAAAUGGGUGGAGGAGAGGGACAGACAUUAACAGAAUAUCAUGUUUAAUGAAUAGAAGCCAAAUUUAUUAUCGAACUCAUUUCUGAGAAGGAUUCUUAAUCUCUUGAACUCCCUUUUGUAGUAGGAGAGAAGGGACCAAUCUGUAAGGGCAACCCUGUCCAUGUUUUCAGCCUCCUGUCCACUGCUAUGUGAAGGGUCACAGCUAGCCAGAGAAUAUCGCUGGGAGGAGGGUGAUAGAACCAUGCAGAGACCAUCUGCCACACAGCAAGGGCCCAGCUCCUGAGAGCAUCAGAUGUAAGCUCAGGGUUACACAAGUCUGAAUCUUGGGAAGGGACUUUUCAGACACAUUGUUUGCUUUCUGCUGAGAUAGGGAAUGUGUCAUUCUGUCAGAGUGUGACUUUUUAACAGAUUAUUAAAUAAAGCUGUAUAUGUCUCAUUGUUACCUGA